GUUUGACCUUCGAGUGCUCGCAACCUCCGUUAGUGAACGAUACCCCUGAGGCGUUGCCGAGGUUUUUUUGGCUCUGACGAGCAUAAUAUUUGGAUAUCAGAUUCAAUUCAGUCUUACACCUUUGAAUUCCCAGUAAUUUUACGCUUAGUAUCUGUUUCUUUUUGGUAUUUUGUUCAGCUAUAUGGGUAUUUUUUUUAGCUGUUUUCGGGUCUUUGUUGGUACAUGUACCAACGUGCACGUUGGUGUUUCUACCUGGGAAUUUGUUGUCAUAGUCUUAAUAAGAAAGAAAAACUGAGUAUCAUAUAAUAUAACGUGGUAGUGUAAAAGCCACUGCUCUUCACAUUUACAUAAACGACCUGCCCCACCAUAUCUAGUCAUAUGGCCAGAGUCGAUAGAAUUUUCUCCACCAUCGAGAAAUUGGGAUUAGAACUGUAGGUCAAACUGCUUGGUAAAUAUGUCUUGCUAAACACUCAUCAUUUAGCUUCAUUAUUUUCUCCAUGCCCAACUUGUUUACUCUCGCCUUUAAAUUUCGACUCCAAGACUUUCUUGACUAUCAGAUGUGUUAAGAAGUCCCUUUGUUGACGAUGCGGAAUUGAAAAGUGUAAGGUAUUCCAUGUAUAAUUUUGCAGGUAUCUAAAGUGAAUUUUGAGUCACCUUACAAGGACUUUGUGGGUAAUCUGGAUAUCAAACCCUUGUGAUGCCAAGGGCUAACAUGUGAUUAUGAGGAUUUAGAACGUCAUGUUCCCACUAGGUUUUAGCGUUAUGAAUGCCCUUGGGUAUCCUGUGAAACACCUACCGAUAUCUAGUCUAAACGUCAAACUCAUGAAAAACGCACUAGGUAAAAGUCAGAUUUGAUAGAUCAGAAUCCAGGGAUACCAAUUACUACCAAUUUUUCAAACAAUUUUUUUGCAGUACAAUGAUUCAACUAAAUGUUUCUCUAAGGAACUGACUUGGUAGAUGUUUGUCCAAGUUAUCACAUUUUUAAUUAAGAUAGACAGUAAACUGGUAAGAUUAAAAGCAAGGGAAUGACCACAACAGUAGUAUUAUUUAUAAUAUAUGAAACAGGGAAUAUAGUUUAAAAGACUAGUGUUAGUCUUUUAAUAUGAUGAGGAUCUUUAAAUGAAUAUAGUUUAAUAAGAAUGUCAUAUUGCAGAGUAGGAAGUGUAAAUUAGUAUUAUGACUCGAUACUUAGGAGAGGAAAAAUGACUUCAUUUUCACCACCUCAGCUGUUGGUGUCAUCAACCAUAUAUUUUGCUCAUCACGAGGGCUCCGAACAAGAAGUCCGCGCCUCCUCAAAUGUAUCAGGUCAGAAGUAAGUGUCUUCACAGACUGAUGUCAUAUCUUCGUCUAGUCACCUAUUGGUUUUUAUUCUGGUCAUCUUUGGACGUCAGGAUAGAAAGCUACGGGGACCACGUAACAGUUCUCAACUACUUCGCUCGAUGAAGUUUCGUCAACCUAUUAGACGUUGUUAUAUGGUAAAUUUGCAGUUUAGUGGGUUCACUAAGUCCAAAAAUGAAUCCCAAAGAACCUCUACCUCCUGGUUGGGAAAUGAGACUUGAUGAAAAAUCAGGAAACUUUUAUUUUGUGGAUCAUAACACUCGGUCUACGCAGUGGAACCAUCCUGUAACAAAUCAAGAAUAUUCAUCAAUAAACGGAACGAAUCCGUCAAAUUUUUCGGAACAAAAUUCUUCUGAUGCAUGUGGCUCUAACUGUGAAAAAAAAAUCGCAGAUGUAAUGUCAAGGGCACGCUCAUUACAGCCAAAAAUUGAUUAUUUUGAUGGUGAGUGUACUUAUUUAGCACUUCACUUUCACAUGAAGGUUCAAAUUACAUAAAAGUAUUGUAUUAAGUGUAUCAGGUAAGUGAAUGUGGCAUUUUUACUCUUCCCACUCCUUUCACUAUACACUUCCAUGUUGGUUAUUACCGACUGACCGAGGCAUUUCUGUCAGUAUGCUUUUUUCGGUGACUACAUUCUUUACUUAUGAUCUAAGAAACAUCGAAAAUCAUUACCAAUCACUUCAGUUCUUAAAUUUGUAGAAGAUAUAACGCGGUGGUUAUUAUCGUAUGUAAUUAAUCUUCGAAAUGUGGACGAUUUAGCUGAAAUCGGGCGCUAAGUAUAUGGAAGACAUUACAUUUGAAAUAAUUUCAGCAAUUAACAUCUAAGUAAAUCCAAUAUUUCGUUGGUCUAACUGACCCAAACUCAAGGAAAUAAAGAAAUUCACGAUUACAAAAUCAUUUAAAUCUCAACUGUUGAGGCGAUGCAUAUAUGUGCCUGGUCCUACGUUUUAGCUGACUGACAACUGAUAUUAUUUCACAUGUAAUUUUUACAUUCAAUUAGUUUUACUAAUUUAUAUGCACUUGGGUUAACUGACUAAGUGAUGAGUUGGUAAUCGUAAAUUAUGAUUGGAGACGUUGAACGAUAACACUAAAAAGCGGAUACAAUUGUGUACUUUCAUUAACUCUUUAUUCUCUAGGUUCAGAACUUAAUUCUAAUUUUAAAGAUGCCACAAAUACUCAGGGUUUGCUAACGCUUUUGUCUGUAACAUCUUUAUAAUAUAAGGAUACUAACCCUGUCAAAUUAGAAGUCAAGGAUGAAUAAAUAUAUAUUUGGAAGGUUGUGGACAUGUUUAGAAGCGUUUGAUCUGAGCUGACUAGUAGUUACAAGGGAAAUGUAGCAUAGUGUACUCACUUGUGAUAUAGUGCGGUUACGUGACCGAGCGUCUUCAGCCAGGAUGUGUCCAGUAAAACUUAUGAGGUCGGCAGAAAUGUCGGAAACAUACAGAACUAUUUAUUCUGAGGACUUAUUUUUUGCUACGCUUUUCUUCCAUCUGGUUGAUUUCUGUCGAGCCGUAUUUAUUGUAAAUAAUUCUUCGUUUCAUUUGAUAUCAUUUCUUUCCAUAUUCUUCUUAUCUCACUUAUUUUCUUUCUCCUUUUUUAUUUGACGAGACGCGCGUAACUGGAUGACACCUAUCUUAAUUGCAUUCUUAUUUUAAUUGUUCUUGUUUCUAUGUCAUAAUUUUUGGUUCAUCUCCAUAAUAUUGUUACUUCUUAUAUAAUCCAUUCCUUGAUACCCAUUUGUAAUUUUUCGCAAUUAUGUUACUGAUUAGCUUAAUCUCUUGAACUGGCCUGUCUGGCGCAUAUCAGUGACUUCUCAUUAAGAAGGCCCAUUAGAGUUUAACUCAGUGACGGGAAAGCCAAAAGUAGAUUCCAGGAACAACUGAGGUCACACUCUGGUAGUUCUGAAAACGAGACUGACCCAGAUGUUGCUUGGAAAGAUAUACAAACAGCUGUGGAAACAGCAGUGACAUCCAUUAGUGAUUUAAACCAAAAUGUUACGGAAAAACCAGUUGGUUUUUACUUAGUCUAUUGCACUGAUAGACUCUCAUAAACCCAUACGAUCAGGAUCCGAACAAGAUAAAGAGCAGAAACAAAUCAGAUCUAGGUUAACCAAAAGUCUAAGGAACGACUGUGAGCAGUGGUGGGUAACGAAAGCAAAAGAGAUGGAAAAGGCAGCGUCUGUAGGUAACAUCGGACAGCUUUUCAGACUAAUAAAAGAAACUGGAAUUAAGAAGUUAAGUGUAAGUGAUACGCCCUCAGAAAAAGACGUUACUUAUUUGCUCUCAGCUCAAAGCUUUAGAACGAUAAGCGGAACACUUUAGAGAGCAGUUUAGCUGGCCUUCAGCUACUCUACAACUACCCACCAUUGUUAAACAGUUUGAAUGGGAAAUUAAAGUUCAAAAAGCUAUGACUAAUCUGAAACGAGGAAGGGCAGCUGGUCCAGAUGUAUUGGCUUCAGAGGUCUUUAAGGAUGGUGGUCCAGUUUUGGCGAUUAGGUUGAAUAAUAUUUUUAAACUCAAAUCUGGGAGUUGGACGUAAUCUGUUGAGGCUAAUGUCCUCAAUAUCUGACUCCAAUAAAUAAUAUCCCAUAAACUGAGUAUUUAAGGUAGGCUUAAUCUCCCAGUAGAAUUACAGAUUUACUCGAGAUUAUUCAGAAGCCUGAACACCAGUUAUAGAGAUAAUUUAUUGUUAAUUAUUAAAAAUCCGCAAGCGAACAGCAAGCAAGCACACGGUGAAGCCAAGUAAAAAUGAUGCGCAGUGGAGAUGGCUGGUAAGCCAACUCAUUUUUAGUCAGGCGUUAAUCAAUAUUUAUAGGCAGACAAAAAUAAGCUACAGACAUGUGAUGAAUGGGAUGGGAAGUGUACACAUAUGCACUCAUAUAAAAACAGUGAAGAGUGAUAAGCGAAUAAUUAACAAGGUCAGAAUGUGACUCGAGUAGAAUGAAUAGAUUGGUUUGUUCGAAAACUAGAAUAAGGUAUAUGGGCUUAAAAUAAUGACUGAUACUACAAAUCCCAUCUGACUGUUCGCAGUCACUGAUUGUUCCAAUUUAUAAGAAAGGAUUAAAAUCAUCCUGUGAUAACCAUAGAGGGGUUCGUUUGACUAUUGUAGCCUCUAAAAUGCCAGCCUCAAUAAUUAUCGGGCGCCUAACAGAGACGCGUGAACUGCAAACACGAGGAAAUCAGGCUCGCUUCAGACUUGAUCGUGGCUGCAUCGAUCACAUAUUCACCAUUCGUGAGGUUUUGGAACACAGACAUGCUUAUCUUGACUUAAAGGCAGCAUUCGACUCUGCAGACCAAGAGGUUCUGUGGCAGCGUUCGUCAUUAAAAGGAGUACCUCAGAAGUACAUAAACUUUGUGAAGGCUUAUUGCUCGAUGACUACCAGUCGAGUCAGAGCUUAUGACGAACUGUCAUCUGGUUUUACAACCUCAAGUGGUGUCUGGCAAGGCUGUCCACUAUCGCCAUUUUUGUUCAACUUCAUCAUAGAUCUACUGAUGCAAAUAACGUUCUCGUCGACUGAGUUUUGACGAAUUGAUCUAUUUCCGGGAGAUCCACUUAUCGACUUAGAAUAUGCAGAUGGCAUAUUCCUGUUUGGUGAAGACGCUGAUAAAAUGCAGUCUUUUGGUUGCACUGAGCAACAAUGUCAGGAUGUUUGGGAUGUGUUUCUCCCACUCUAAAUGCAAGUUGUUGCUUCAGGACCGACCUGCGUCAACACCUGAACUAUAGAUAGGAAGUGAAGUAGUCAAACGUGUCGACAACUCCACUUAUCCUGGAAGUCUGAUCAGCCCUAAUGCGUUGGUGUCUGACGAAAUCUCUAAACAGAUUCAAAAAGCUCAUUUAGCUUUUGCCAACGUACGUCACCUAUGGCGAAGGUGAGAUAUCAGUCUAUCAAUUAAGAGACAAGUAUACUGCGCAGCAGUUCGUUCUGUCCUACUUCACGGCUGUAAAACGUGGCCAUUAAGAGUAGAAGAUACUCGUAAGCUAUUAGCAUUUGAUCGUAGAUGUCUAAGAAAUAUUGCUUGUAUCUGCUAGGAUCACCGUGUAAUUAAUGGUGAGGUUAGAUGCAUGAUAUUAGGGAAUGAUGGUAAAUCAGUUGAGGUUGUAAAUCUUCAUCGACCGAGAUGGUUGGGCCACGUGUUACGCGUGCCUGAACACUGAUUACCACGACGUGCAAUACUGACUAGUGUUGGAGACGGAUGGAAGACGUCGGGGAUGGCCAAACCAAAACGUCCUGUUUCGGUUUGGGCAUCCGGGCAGUAUCAAAGCCCUCACACAUAUCAAAUGAGAUCUGUGUGGCGCAUAUGUAUUUGGUGCCUCCUUGUACCAAUAUCUAUGCGUUAAAAUAAAUCAAAACGUGACAUCAGUCCUUGAAGUCAAUAACCUCUGGUUUGAGCCGCGUUAGUAGAUGCAGACUACUUGGUUGGGGUCUACGUGACUAAGAUUGGAGACUGUGUGACUGACAUGUCUCAGAAUCUAUCACAAUGGUGUGGGUGCGUACACACUUUGUCUUUCCUUAAACUGUCAGAUUAAAUUUGCUUUAUACCUUUCUUUAUACGAACUAAUUCUUUCUUCUUGUAUUAUAUCGUUAUACACAGUCUCUUUUAUAUAUUACUACCACUGAAGUGACUACUAUGAAUUUGGUGUUCAUCUUGUUGUGCUAAUCAUUUGUGGUAACCUUGACAGAUGCAUAUAUGUGCCUGGUCCUACAUUGUAGCUGACUGACUGAUCAUAACCAGUGGUUAGAGACUUUGAAUGACGUUACUCAAACUGGCUUACCGUAGUGCAAGUGCAUCCAUUCCUUGUCUCCCUCUAGAUCCGAGGUUUCCAAAUUCCUCAUGAUUUUUUAUUUCACAAAUUAUACUUUCUUGAAUCGUUUUUUUGGUACCUAAUCUUUUAUAUUGCCACUAAUACUGUUGCUCCAUCUAAUAAUCUGAAAUUCGCUCUAAAAAUUUCAUCUGGUUGUGCUAAUCCGGUAUGGAGACUUGAAUCGAUGUACACGCGUACCAGAUCGUACGUUGCGUUUAACUCACUGAUACUACCCACUCUAAUGGGGUGUAUCAGCUUCAGAGGAUUGUUCUUUGUCGUGUUCUAUGGGCACACACUCAAGUAGAAAAAAACCCGCCACCAAUCUAAUUUCCAUUCUAGGUUUUUUAAGAAAAAGUAUUUCAUGAUGUGAGCAACUGAAAGGUAAAAACUCUACACAUACCUCUAAUAGUACUUGAGAUAACCUUGACUGACUGGCUCCACGUAUUCCUAUUUAAUCGGUUGGUCUGUACCAUAAACUCUUAAAACAGCGUGUUACUCAGUAUCAACUAUGAAAAUCCGUACUUGGUUACUGAGUUAAAUUAAGUUAAAAUCAACCCCUAAUAUCGGACGCUUUAUAAAAGUUAAAUGUUACAAAUUUCUUCAACAUUCCUGAAGAUUUCUGCUUUCAUUUAUACCAUUCGUUAAUUCAAAGGUGCACCUCAGAGUAAGGAAUACAAACAUCUUAUGGAAAACUUGGAACAGUUGAUACUAAGUUUGGAUACCUUAAAAAGUGAUGGAAAUGAAGAUGUUAGAGCCAUGCGGCGAGAUGCUGUCAAAGAAAUCCAACAAUUAAUAGAAAUGUUAGACUAUCGUUCCUUAAUUUCCAGUCAAAAUGAUGAAAAGUCUUAGAUGAUUAAUAUCUGGUUCAAAUGUUCCGGCGUUCUGAGCUAUGAUUACCCCCGCUACUUUUAUAGUAAGUUAAUACAAUUUUAUCUUUGUUUGGUUAACAUUUUGAGAAGUAUUAGAAAAUAAAUUUUUUACAAAUUCAAUAAGUUGCUAGUAUAAUCGUUAGGUACUUCUAGGGCUUUAGCUGCUCUGAAUAUAUAUAUAUAUAUAUCCGUUGGUCAGACACUUCAGUAAAAAUCUACUGUGGGAGAGAACGAAACAUAUCCCAGCGGAGGAAGUAAUCAAGAAGAAGCUCUGGAAAUGGAUAGGACACAUAUUGAGGAAAACACUCAACUACGUCACAAGGCAAGCCCUCACUUGGAGUCCUCAGUGCCAAAGGAGGAUGGGAAGACCAAAUAACACAUCACUCCGAGAAAUGGAGGCAGACAUGAGAAGAAUGAACAACAAUUGUAUAGAACUAGAAAGGAAGGCUGAGGACAGAGUGGGUUGGAGAAUGCUGGUCGUCGGCCUAUGCUCCAUUGGGAGUAACAGGCGUAAGUAAGUAAGUAUUGUUAUAACCUGUGACCUGUGUGCCCUGUUAAUGGGUAAGUAAUGAUAUUGCCAAUUAGGGAGCAGUGACUUAUCAAUCGAAUCAAUGAUGCGUAAAACCCGUACGAGCAGCCCAGAGUCCUGAUUGGUCCUGUUUUCCGCUUAGCCCAGACAAUUAAGUCCAGAACACCAAUCCUAGCCUCUGCGAUAUGAAUCAUUAUAUUUCAAACAUACUGAGUUUAUAUACUAAUCAAACAGACCACAACGUGGCAUAAAAUAGAAAAUAACAUUUGUACAAAAUUUGGCCAAACGUCACUGUGAAUAUGGGAGGCAGUGACUAAUAGACAGGGCAUAAUUCAAGAAUGGUAAAACUUAUAAUAAUGGUUCAUAGGCCAAAAUAAAGCUUAUAAUAAGAGGAAUGUGAAUAUGAAUAGUCUAGUUAUUCAACAAUUAUACAAUAAAAAUAUACGUUUACUAUUGGUUCAUAAAUAGAUCCCAAAAUUACCAUUCAUUAUGCUUAUCGGAACGUAACAAGUACAUAUAUAGUGGUUGAUAAUGAAUAAUAUAAAAGAAUUGCUAAGAACUGAGAAUGGACCAACAGAAGAAUGAAGAGUCAUGUGUGGUUCAUUUGAUUUUCUUGUGUGUGAUAUAGUUGAAGGAGCACGAUGAAGCAGAAAUAUAGUACCGUUAUCAUCUAAUACUUUCGACAUCCUAUUUUUUUAUAGUUGAAUUCAUGAGUCAAUUAAAGCUAGAUCGUCGAAAAUCUGGAAGCACUGGACGGCUGCUUCGUUCUAUUACGGGACUCCUUAGCAGUGCGCAUCCAUAAUUCCUCCCGUGGGAGUUGAACCCAGGAUCUAUCGGUCUCGCGCGUGAACGCUUAACCUCUAGAGUAUUAAGCCAGCAUCCAACCCUUUCUGAUAAUAAUCGUCAUGUGCUCACUAGUGACUGGC